UAGACCCUUCCUCCACACAGGUCCCUCUGCCUCCUCCCCCUUCCCACAACUGGGUGGGGGUGAGUGGGCAGGGGGCAGGCUCAGCCUGCUGAGCAGCCUGAUGAUUUCCUGCCCUCACCACAGCUUCCUGUCGCACGCGGUGGUGAGCAGGAGAGGCAGGCGGGGAGCAAGAAAGGGGCAGGUACAGCUGGGCACGGGGAUCGUGCAGCUGGUAGCUGGGGCACGGGCCCCAGCUCUGGCUCUGGGGCGAGCACCUUUCCAGAGCCAACACUGCUCUCAACUCAGUCCAGCAAGAGAGGGGGGCCAUCCAGCCCCGAAAGGACACGGCUGCCUACUGCCAGGCGGAUCCCAGACUGGGGCCCGCUUGGUCCCAUACCCCUGCUGCCACUCUGUCUCGAGGGGCUGCAGUGCCCCAGGGUCUGGGGCAGGUGCUCUGCAGAUGGAAGCAGACGCCCUGAGCCCGGUGGGGCUGGGCCUCCUGCUGCUGCCCUUCUUGGUCACGCUCCUGGCUGCCCUGUGCGUGCGCUGCCGUGAGUUGCCAGUCUCCUAUGACAGUGCUUCCACAGAGAGUUUGUACCCAAGGAGCAUCCUCAUCAAACCACCUCAAAUAACCGUCCCCCGAACACCUGCUGUUUCCUACCCUCUUGUCACUUCCUACCCACCCCUGAGGCAGCCAGACCUGCUCCCCAUCCCGAGAUCCCCACAGCCCCUUGGGGGUUCCCAUCGGAUGCCAUCUUCCCAGCAGAAUUCAGACGAUGCCAACAGUGUGGCAAGCUACGAGAACCAGGAGCCAGCCUGUAAGAAUGUGGACGAAGAUGAGGAUGAAGACGACUAUCCCAACGGCUACCUAGUGGUGCUGCCUGACAGUAGUCCUGCUGCCGUCCCUGUUGUCUCCUCUGCUCCUGUGCCUAGCAACCCUGACCUUGGAGACAGUGCCGUCUCUGUGGAGUCGUGUGAAGAUUACGUGAAUGUUCCUGAGAGUGAGGAGAGCGCAGAGGCGUCUCUGGAUGGGAGCCGGGAGUAUGUGAAUGUGUCCCCAGAGCAGCAGCCAGUGACCAGGGCUGAGCUGGCCUCUGUGAACUCCCAGGAGGUGGAAGAUGAAGGAGAAGAGGAAGGGAUGGAUGGAGAGGAAGCUCCCGACUAUGAGAAUCUGCAGGAACUUAACUGAAAGCCUACUGCAGCUGUCUGUCCUGAAACUGGACUUGCUGGGGUGUCGCUAAGAGGAUCCCAUUUGACCUCUGCCUUGCCUACAGCCUGAGAAUCUCCCCUAACUUAUUGUCACUUUGGGGUCCAGUCUGUGUCCCCAAUAUUCUGUACCUGCUGAUAAAGCCUGAGAAUGAAUCUAGUUCCAGCCAGACCAUGUCAUGGAAUAAAGGCCAUGUGACAUAAA